AUGGUGUCUCGCAGGCCAAAGAAAGGAAAGAAGGCGUGCACCGAGUGCCGCCAGCAAAAGGCCAAAUGUGAUGUCUAUUUGAAUCCUGACCAGCCAUGCACCCGGUGCCGUAAAGUCAAUGCAAACUGUAUCGUGUCAGAACCGUUCAAGAGAGAGCACAAGCGCAAGCGCAUCUCCGACCUGGAACGGGAAUCGGAAGAUCUGCGACGCAAGCUCAGAUCUUCACAGCCGGCUGAUACUCAUCUCUCGCCGAUUGCGCUCCUGACAGCGGCGGCUGAGAUGGGGGUGCGCACGCCGGCCAGUGAUACGCUCUCCGAAACACCCCAGCCUCCUCCCUCGUACCCACCACAGCUCCUUGCGCCGACGGUUCUAGUGCACAGCACCCCGGGACCGGCAUAUGAUGGUGAUACCACCAAGUCGCGCACCUUGAAUGGCAUCCAGGUCAGCGCGCAGGAAAUCGAUGAUCUAUUUCAAAUCUUUUUCCGAUAUUACGCCCAAUUCCUUCCCAUUCUCGACCCGCAAGCGCGGCCCAACACAUACUAUGCACAGUCACCUUUCCUGUUCUGGGCCAUUAUCGGCGUCGCAUGUCGGGCCUAUUCUCGAAACCCGACUCUCUUGAUGGCCUUGGCUCGUAGUAUCAUCGAGAUGGCAUUGCUUUCAACCUUGUCGGUGUCACCGCCAUCGAACACCAUCCAGGGUAUCUUGCUUCUUCUUACCUGGCCAUUUCCGAAGGGGGACCAUCCCGACGUGACAUUCCCGAUGGGCGGGAUUCUGCUACACAUUGCGAUGCAGAAUGGUCUCCAUAUCCCCAUGUCCAGCCACGAGUUCUCACGCGUUAAGAUGGCAGCUCCCUCUGACCUAGACCUUCUUCGCCGCUCGGAAUUAUGGGCGCAUUCUAUAAUUGUUUAUCAGCGGGUCUGUGUGACCAAGGGUCAAUUACCGCGAGCACUCGGGAAUCUUGGACAGGAUCCAGCACAACACCAAGGCUUGUUUGAAAAUAUCGCACCUUGGAUAGCGUUGAAGCUUCGUUGCCAAGAGCUUAUUGCCAAGUGCAGCGAGGCAACCACGGAAAAUGGGCUGCGCACUAUGUCACUAGACCAGGAGCGUGCAUUGGACCUCAUUCUGCGUACCUACGAAGGUCAGGUAGAUGACUUGGAGCUUCAGGCCGUGACCGACGACGAGAGAUUCGACACCGCUCUGUGCAGGAUGGCAAUCCAGAGUUUCCACCUAUACAAGAACCAGACAUUGGUCUCGAGUGGAUGUUACCCACGAAUACUCGUCACCGCUUGCAGCUUGAUCGACUAUAUUCAAUCACUCUGUGAGCGUGUCGGUUUCUUGUCGAUGGCGCCAGUUCAGAUGGGCUUCGCAUUACUUCUUGCUUCAACGACGUUGCUCCGUAUCCUCAAAAGCAGUGUGGCUUCUCAGGGGCUCGAAAUCAGCCGUGCUCGAGCUUCACUUUUCACCGCAAUAAACCUGGCCCAGCAAAUGUCGGUUGAUAGCGCCGACCUAGCCGCGAAGACCGUGACUAUCUUAAAGGCAGUCUGGAAUAGCAGCAAGGCGUUCCGCAAGAUUGAUGGGACCGAGUACAGCUCUCUACGUAUUCGCAGUCGCCUGGUGCUGAGUCUGAUCCUUGACACGGUCUGGUGGUGGCGCGAUGAGUUUGAUCCAGGUUCUCGAAGCGUGAGAUCCGUGGUGGAACCGGCCCAGGGCAACGGCUACGCUCGUUCGCGUUACCCUGGCACGGCGGGAAGCUCGGGACCAAAUGGCGACACCAAUCGAGAAGUUGCAGGUAGCGCGACUACAUUUGGAGUGCCUGAAGGAAACGAUGCCUUUCAUCUGGACGAACAGUUUCUGGCUGACUUUGAGUGGGCGCUGGCUGACGAUACGUUGUUCUCACUGGAUCCCCUUUCGUCCAACUGGUCUACGACGAAUAACCUGCUAUGA